AUGGUUGCUAUUAGGGAAACCAGGGUCGAACUCAACGCAUGCCAUCCGGUAGAGGAUCGUGAAGACGACCCCACCCCCGAGGAGCAGAGCUACCUAAGCUCUCUAACCUCUAGCGUUCUCAACUACAAAUAUGAGGUUGGAAUGCCUGGAAUAUGGAAACUAAAUGGCCGGCGGUACCAUGCAUUCCGUGAAGGAAUAUACACUCUCCCCAACGAUAAGGAGGAGCAAGAUCGGAUGGACCUUGUUCACCAUAUCUACCUCUUGCUUCUGGAGGGUGCACUCCACAUUGCUCCAAUUUCAAACCCAAGGAGGGUAUUAGAUCUGGGGACCGGAACAGGCCUAUGGGCAAAUGACUUUGCAGAGGUUCCACCCAACGUGACAUUUGAAAUUGACGACUACGAAACAGAAUGGUCUUACUCAUGUGGCUUUGACUUUAUACACACCCGUGAGCUGAUGGGAUUCAUUGGCGACCACGACCACUUCUUCGCCCAAGCAUUCGAAAAUCUAAACCCUGGUGGCUGGCUCGAAAUGCAAACGAUAGACCCAACUAUCUGCUCCGUUGACGGAGGAAUGGAGAGAGCAGGGAUUCUACCUGGCUACGUUGCAAACCUGCAUAAAGCCAGUGCCUUGUUUGGGAAGUCUAUGACCGAAGCCGGAUCCUGGCCCGCUCGGAUGGUCAGGGCUGGCUUUCGGAGUGUCCAGGUUCAAAUUUUGACACUACCAAUCGGCACUUGGCCAAAGGACGAUGAAAUGAAAGAAGUUGGUAAGUUCCAACAAGUGCAGGCGUUGCAGGCAGUUGACUCCUACACGCCUGCCCUCUAUACUCGUGUUUUGAAUUGGUCUUGGGAAGAGGUCGACACUCUUUGUACUCAAGUUCGGGCGGAACUUCAAGAUCGUUCCUUGCAUCUUUACCAAAGAGUGCAUGUUGUUAUAGGGAAGAAACCCUGA